GAUCGAUUCCGUGGACGUCGCCGGCAAGCGCGUGUUCAUCCGAGUAGACUUCAAUGUUCCUCAGGAUAAGAAGGACCCCAGCGUGAUCACCAACACCCAGCGGAUUGACGCGGCGCUGCCGACCAUCAAGUACUGCCUGGAUAAGGGCUGCCGCUCGGUGGUGCUCUGUUCCCACUUGGGACGCCCGGAUGGCAGCGCCGUGGCCAAGUACUCCUUGGAGCCGGUGGCCAAGUGCCUGGAGCAGAAGCUGGCGAAGCCGGUGGCCUUCCUGCAGGACUGCGUCGGCCCGGAGGUGGAGAAGCAGUGCGCGAGCCCGGCGCCGGGCUCGGUGAUCCUGCUGCAGAACUGCCGCUACCACGUAGAGGAAGAGGGCAAGGGUGUGGACAAGGACGGAAACAAGAUCAAGGCCGACAAGGAGAAGACCAAGGAGUUCCGUGCCUCGCUGGCGAAGCUGGCGGAUGUUUACUGCAGCGACGCCUUCGGCACGGCGCACCGCGGGCACAGCUCCAUGGUGGGCGAGGGCUACCCCGUGAAGUGCUCCGGCUUCUUGGUAGCCAAGGAGUUGGAGGCCUUUGCGAAGGUGUUGGACAGCCCGGUGCACCCAGUCUGCGCCAUCUUGGGAGGCGCCAAGGUGAGUGACAAGAUUCAGCUCAUCAAGAACAUGCUUGACAAGGUGGAUGCCAUGAUCAUCGGCGGCGGCAUGGCCUUCACCUUCAUCAAGGUCCUUCAGGGCAUCAGCAUUGGCAACUCCCUCUUUGACGAGGAGGGCGCCAAGAUCGUGCCGGAGAUCAUGGAGAAGGCGAAGGCCAAGGGCGUGGAGAUCGUGCUGCCCUCGGACUUUGUUUGCUCCUCCAAGUUCGGCGAGGACGGGGAGAUCAAGACGGCCACGUUGACGUCCGGAAUCCCCGAGGGCUUCAUGGGCCUGGACUGCGGCCCCGAGAGCAUCAAGCGGAACGCGGAGACCAUCGCCAGGAGCAAAACCAUCGUGUGGAACGGGCCCAUGGGCGUCUUCGAGAUGGCGGCCUUUGAGGCGGGCACGAAGAGCAUGAUGGACGAGAUCGUGAAGGCCACAAAGAAUGGCACCGUCACGGUCAUUGGGGGUGGUGAUACCGCCACGGCGUGCAAGAAGUACGACACGGAGGACAAGGUGACCCACUGCAGCACCGGGGGCGGAGCCUCCUUGGAGCUUCUGGAGGGCAAGGUCCUGCCGGGUGUCGCCGCGCUGGAUGACGCUGCGACCUCCGCCGCAGGCACCACCAUCCUCCACAUCAAGGCGCGGGAGAUCUUCGACUCCCGCGGCAACCCCACCGUGGAGGUGGACCUGUGCACGGAGACGGCCCUCUUCAGGGCCGCCGUGCCCUCCGGGGCUUCCACCGGCAUCUACGAGGAGCUGCACAGCGCGCCCUCGCCCUGGAGCGAGCUCCAAGCGCUGAAGCCCGGGGAGCUCUGCCGCAGCCAGCGCGUGAGGAGCCUUUGGUUCCUGAAAAGCUGCCUGGGACCCGCGGAGCAGCAGAAGGUGAAGGAGCUGUUGGACGCCCAGCCGAAUUGGCACGACUACGAGCUGGGCCGUCGCAUGCUGCCGCUGCACGCCGACCCGGCGCCCGGCGAGGAGCUCUGCCAGCGCGUGAUCUGCGGCCUGGACGUCUUCGGCCCCGCGAGCGCCUCGGGGGACUGGUCGCAGUGGGCGCGCCUCGGCGCGCUGCGACGGGCGCAGGUGCCGGGUGCCGAGGAGCUCUGGCGCCUCCAGCGGCUGGCGAAGGAUCGCAUCGAGGAGUUCCAGGGGCCAUGCCUCUUCGUGCAGGCCCAGCAGCUGGAGCCUGGCGCGGAGGUCACACCCCACCGGGAUGCGGUGCCUCACGGGGGCGACAUGAUCGCCACUGUGGUGCUGGCGGGGACCAGCGAGGUGCGGGUGGGCGGCCAGAGCUUCGUGGUGGGCCCCGGGGACUUCUACGCCAUCGCCCACGAGGCGCGGUACAACCUGGAGCAUGCAGUGCUGCCGCACUGGGGCCCCCGCUUGUCCGUGACCUUCCGCUUUGGGGAAGCGCCCGUGAAGGUCUUGCCGCCCUUGGCCGGGGAGGAGCUGCGGAAAGAAACCUCCGACGGUGUAGAAGACAGGGGUGGCCGGAGCAGGGAUGGAGUCGAAUCUCACCCACAGCACUUGCACAUGUGUCCACCAAUGCCGAGAAGGCUUUGUCACGUGAAGGCGCAUGCACCAAGUGCACUGCGUGAAUGA